GGGGAGUAUGGGCAGGCCUGCAGCCACGUGGUGAAGGAUGAACAUUCGGGGCACCCCAGACCUCGGACAGCCCAGUGACGACCCCAGCAGUGGUGGCGAGCGCGAACGGAUUCGACAGCGCAUGAAGAUGGUGAUCGGGCAGCUCGAGGGCAUCUUGUGGGAGCUCAAGGAGGUGGCCAAGGAGCUCAGGGAGGUGGUGAGCCAGAUAGAUAAGCUAACCUCAGACUUUGACUUUGAACUGGAGCCAGAUGACUGGACCACGGCCACUGUGAGCAGCACCUCCAGCAGUGACAAGGCCGGUGUAGGUGGCCCCUUUGACCUGGGACACCUGGACUUCAUGACAGCCGACAUCCUCUCAGACAGCUGGGAAUUCUGCUCCUUCCUGGAUGUCUCCACCCCUUCAGACUCCAUGGAUGGCCCUGAGCCGGCACGACCAGGGGCUGGUUCUGACUACCGACUCAUGAACGGUGGCAUGCCCAUCCCUAAUGGGCCACAGGUGGAGACCCCAGACUCUUCCAGUGAGGAGGCCUUCAGCACAGGCCCUGUCAAGGGCCAACUGCCCCAGCGGACCCCAGGCACACGAGAGAGAGUGCGGUUCAGUGACAAAGUGCUCUACCAUGCUUUGUGCUGUGAUGAUGAGGAGGGGGAUGACGAGGAGGCAGCCGCAGAAGAGGAGGUGGGCCUGUCUCCAGAGCCUCCCCGUACUGAGGCCCAUGUGGGUCCCCUCAAGACCUCCCUGGCCCCCAACCAGCCGAGGCGUUCUCCACUGACUGGCCGAUGCUCAGGCCCCACCUUGGCCCCUGAGCAGACCCGAAGGGUCACGAGGAACAGCAGCACCCAAACGGUGUCAGACAAGAGCACGCAGACAGUGCUUCCCUACACGGCCACCAGACAGAAAGCCAAGGGGAAAAACUAG